AUGUCAAACGAUACGAGUAGUACCCCCGAGAUCCCUGAGACAGCCUCUAGUGGUGAUGUCGCGUGGGUUUUAGCAUCUACUGCCCUUGUAUGGGUCAUGAUUCCUGGUGUUGGUUAUUUCUACAGUGGAAUGGCCAGAAGUAAAAAUGCUUUAUCACUUAUUUUUCUUAGUUUUGUUUCUGCCGCGGUUGUAUCUUUUCAGUGGUGGUUAUGGGGAUUCAGUUUAACUUUUGGACCUUCUCCAAAUAAAUUUAUCGGAAAUUUGGAUUACGCGUUCUUCAGAAACGUUAAUAAUUUACCAUCGAAUGAUGAUACCAAUGGUCAAAAGAUAACAGCAUCCAGCACUUUGCCUGUUAUCGCAUUUGCUCUUUACCAAUGUAUGUUCGCUGCCAUUACCCCCGCUUUAGCUAUUGGCGCAGCCGCAGAACGUGGAAGAAUAUUACCUACUAUUGUGUUUAUUUUUAUCUGGACUACCAUUGUAUAUGACGUUAUUGCUUGUUGGACAUGGAAUGUAAAUGGUUGGUCUUCUGUAUUAGGUGGCUUGGAUUUCGCUGGUGGUACCCCGGUACAUAUCGCUUCUGGUGCAGCUGCUCUCGCUUAUUCUCUUGCACUUGGAAAACGUAAUGGUCACGGAACUGAAGAAUUUAAACCUCACAAUAUUUCUAAUACUGCUAUUGGAACCGCCUUACUUUGGUUUGGAUGGUUUGGAUUCAAUGGUGGCUCCGAAUUAGCUGCAAAUGGCCGCGCUGCUUUAGCAUGCGUUGUAACAAAUUUAGCGGCUUCUGUUGGUGGUAUUACUUGGUGUUUAGUUGACUUUAGGCUUGAAAGAAAAUUGUCGGUUAUUGGUUUUUGUUCCGGUGCCGUCUCUGGUUUAGUCGCGAUUACGCCUGGUUCUGGUUUUGUUGGAGCACCUGCUGCUGUGGUAUUUGGUAUUUGUGCUGGCAUCUUUUGCAAUUUAGCUGUCAAAUUAAAGCAUCUUUUAGAUUUUGAUGAUGCUUUGGACGUAUUCGCCGUACAUUGUGUUGGUGGUUUUGUUGGUAAUAUUCUCACUGGUGUUUUUGCUCAAAAGUCAGUUAUCUCUGCUGACGGUACAGACCUUCCUGGAGGCUGGAUAGAAGGAAAUUGGAUUCAAGUUCCUUAUCAACUUGCCGGCUCUGUUGCCGGAAUAGCAUAUUCUUUUGUUAUAACGUAUCUUCUACUUAUUAUUAUGAAUAAGAUUCCUGGACUUUCAAUACGUUCUACUGAAGAGGAUGAAACCGCAGGUCUUGAUAUAUCUGAAAUUGGUGAAUUGGCUUAUCAUCAUAUUGAAAAACUCAUUACCGCAAAUAACGAUGAUGAUAAAAACAAAGAAAAUGUUCAUAAAAUUGAUUCCAAUGUUUAG